CCAAAACUUAUAAUUAAAUACGAAAGGAAGAGUAGUUGAGAGUGUGUAGUGCAGAAACGAUGAGAAGGUCAGGGUGGUGGUUGCUCAGAAAUGCAACAAAGCAGAGCCUCAAUACCCACCGAAUCCUCUCUACUUCUCAACACGUCGUUCUCGAUAACCCCAAUCACAUGAACAAUCACAAUCAGGUUUUGGUCCAAGGAGAUGGCUGCUCUAGAAUCGCCAUUCUCAACAGACCCUCUGCUCUCAACGCCUUCAACACCAGCAUGGUGGCUACGCUGCAUAAAUUUUAUAGGAGUUGGGAAGAUAACCCUGACAUUGGUUUUGUCAUGGUGAAGGGCAGUGGACGAGCAUUUGGAGCUGGCGGAGAUAUUGUUGCGCUUUACCAUUUGAUAAAAAAAGGGAAUAUGGAAGCCUGUAAAGAAUUUUUUAGAACAGCAUAUAGUUUUAUAUACCUGAUAGGUACAUAUUUGAAGCCACAAGUGGCUCUACUGAAUGGCAUUACCAUGGGUGGUGGAGCUGGAAUAUCAAUCCCUGGGACAUUCCGAGUUGCAACAGACAAAACUGUUUUUGCUAUCCCUGAAGUUCAUAUUGGAUUCCAUCCUGAUGCCGCAGCAUCUUUUUACCUUUCACAUUUACCUGGUCACUUAGGAGAGUACUUGGCUCUGACAGGGGAAAAGCUCAACGGAGUAGAGAUGGUUACCUGUGGGCUUGCUACACACUAUUCAUCAAGUGCAAGGCUUCCUUUAAUAGAAGAACAGCUUGGGAAAUUGGUUACUGAUGAUCCGUCUGCCAUUGAAACCACUUUAGAACAGUAUGGUGAACUUGUCCAUCCAGACAGCAGCAGCGUACUGCAAAGGAUUGAAAUUCUAGAUAAAUGCUUUUGCCAUGACACAGUUGAAGAGAUUGUUGAUGCGAUGGAAAAUGCGGCAAGUGAAACAAAUGAUCCAUGGUGCAUUUCUACCUUAAAUAGACUUAAAGAAGCUUCUCCAUUGAGCUUGAAGGUUUCCUUAAGAUCUAUACGGGAAGGUAGAUUUCAGACACUUGAUCAAUGCUUGAUGCGUGAGUACCGUAUGACUUUACAAUCAAUACACAUGCAGAUAUCUGGGGACUUCUGUGAGGGAGUGAGGGCUCGCGUGGUGGACAAGGACUUUGCACCAAAGUGGGAUCCUCCAACCCUGGACAAGGUGUCUCAAGAUAUGGUGGAUCAAUACUUCUUACCUCUGACUGAAUCUGAACCUGAUCUGGAGCUGCCAACAAAAAGUCGUGAAGCUUUUUUGUAGUUUCUCCUUAGACAAUUAAAUAUACACCUUUGGUAUUUGCCAAGGAUAUAGUCAAGUUUGUACCUAUUGACAAUCUGAUGGUAGCUUCUAGUUUUUUUUACCACUUCUAGAUUGUGAAACAACUUUAGUCCUUGACAAAAGGAAUAAUAAAUAAUAACUAGCAAAUCUUAAUGCUUGUCUUCUCGAAAAUUCAAUAAUAUAAUUAUAUACAUACUUUUAAUGA